AUGUUGUAUUUAGAAAAACUGAAUUCCUUUAUUGAAAAUAAAUAUGUUGUGUCUAAUUGGAAAAAAAAAAAAUUCGUUUGGAGGUAUAGCUUUUUUUUUAGUAUUUUUUAUAUAUUAUUAGUAUUUGGUAUAGUGUACACACUAAUUGUUAGGAUUUUGAUAUCUAGAGAAAAGUUUAGUAACCAUUCUUGUAGUUCUUCUAGAAUUAUGUCAGUGCAAAGUAGGUACAUGGAAGUAUUAAUAUUUAUAAUUUUAAUGGGAUUCAUCAAUUUUUUCUUUUCUCGUUUAACGUAUUUAUAUUCAAACUUUACUAAUAGUGAAUUUUUCAAUUUAGGAAUUUAUUACACCGUUGUUGGAUUCUUAAUAAAAUAUAUUUCUUGGAUUUUGUCUUUAAUAUAUAUGUCUUGGUUAUUUUUCCUUAUAAUUAAUAUUAUUACCAUUUUUUCUAGUCCUAACAAAUGGUGUAGUUUAAAGUAUAAUAUAUAUGGAAUGGAUGCUCUAAAUAAUUGCCUUUUAGUUAAAAACAGAGCUACAGUGAUAGUUUUAAGAAAAAAAGAAAGUUGCAAUGAUUUUAACAUUUUAAAAGUUCAAAGCUUUCUAUUUUUAGUACGAUCCUCUCCAAAUUUAGUAUGUUCCUUAAAAGAUAAAAAAUUAUGUGAUUUUUUUGUUGAUUUUAUAAAAAAUAAACAGACUUCUUGGGAAUCCUUUCCAAACUGUUCUGGAAAUACAGUUGAUUUAAGAGAACAAUAUUUUUUAGAGGAUUCUGAUCAUAAAAGUAAUAUUUAUUUAUUUUCCAUAUCGUUUAUUUUAUUUUGGUUGGUUACUACUAUAAUACUGUUAACAUUUAUAAUUGUUAUAAAAGUAAAUACACCUAUAGAUUCAUCUUUUAUUAUGAAUGAAGAGAGAUUAAAUUUAUUUUUUAAAUUUACCCGUCUUUUAGACGUAUGGAGAUAA